AUGCGCCCGACAACCCUCCUCCCUCUCCUCCCCCUUCUGGCCUCCGCAGCCCCAAUCCCAGCCCCAAUCCCAGCCCCAGCGGCAGAACCAAACACCCAAAUAACGGCCCAACAAAUCCAACAAAUCGCGCCCAAAUCCGUCAACUGCGACAACCCCCCCGCAAAAGGCGAAUGCGCAACAGCAGACCAAGCCGCGCCCCACAUUGCCAAGUCCUUCGGGACGUACGGCGUCACGAGCCGCGCCGAGCAGGCCGCUGUUAUUGCACUGAUGGCGUUUGAGAGCGAGGAGUUUCGGUAUAGUAGGAAUCAUUUCCCGGGGACGGUGGGGAAGGGCACACGGAAUAUGCAAUCGCCCAGCUACAACGCUAAAUAUGCGGAAUCGAUCCCCGCGAUUUCUGAUAAGGUGUCUGCGGCAAAUGGCGAUGCUGGUCAGAUACUGGAUAUUCUGCUCGCGGAUGAGGAGUAUGAUUUCGGGUCUGGGGCGUGGUUUUUGACGACGCAAUGUGAUCAGGGUGUAAGGCAGGCGUUGCAGAGUGGGAGUGAGGAGGGGUGGAGUGGGUAUAUUAGUGGGUGUGUUGGGACGGAUGCGAAUGAGGGGAGGAAGGGGUAUUGGGCGAGUGCUGUUAAGGCGCUGGGUGUUUGA